AAUUCCGUCUCUCAUCAACCCUUUUCAACUCUUUUGUCGCUUUUUCAAUUGCCUCGGUGUCGGGCGUCUGGGGUGUUGGAGCUGCUUUGGGUAGCGCAGCUGUAAUUCCCGAUAAACGCGACAAUCACAUCACCGGUCUAGCCAUCCAUCAUGAGGCAACUCGCUGACAAUGGCACGGGUUCCGUACCCGCUGCAUCGGCAGCGACAACUCGCAAUUUACGGCCGCGCCAAGCGUCCGGCGCUCCGGGACCCCCGGCGGGUGGCCGAGCGACAAGGAGCUCGGCUGCGCUCCCGAAGACCACUUCAACCAACGAGAAUCCCGCGGUGCCACAGCCUCCACCACCCAGCACCCCAAAGUCGCACAAGCGCUCCGGACCGUCAAGCGGGAACGCAAGUCGACCAAAGCGGACCCGUCGCUCCCCUCACAAACCGGGGUUUUAUGGAGAAGAUAGCGAUAGCGAUAGCGGGGACGAAGUUGAGAAUCCUCACAUUAGCCCCAGUCCCGAUGUGGAGCAGAAAGCGAGCAUCCAUCAACAACGUCGAGCUCCCAAGGCCCCCACGCCCAAAAAGCCGACGACCCCAGCUCGGGCAACCAAGAGCCCAUGCAAACUCGUCUCUAAACCAUCUCCUGCGCCGGAGAAAGGCAAAGCCGUGGUCAGAAAUGGCAUUAUCCCGGACUGGGCCAGCUUGCCUUACCUCAUUUUGGCCCAAAUUUUCCUCUAUGCCGCCGCACCACUCACCGAAACCCAACACACCAGAUGGUUGACGGCAGCCAGCGGUGUCUGUCGUGCAUUCGCAGAGCCGGCCCUGUCAGCUCUUUAUCAGACUCCUCCGUUGCUGAGUCGGCCGAUGGCGCAUGGUCUCCUGGAGCUGCUGUCGAUGGACCCCUCCUCCACGGCAUUUAAUUACAGAGUGAAAGUGAAAGAACUCUGGAUCGAUGUCGACCAGAUUGCCUCAAAGACGUUCAAAGGCCGACCACUCGACCUCGAGGCCCUGGUCAGCUAUCUACCUCGUUUGAAGGUCAUCCAGUUCUUUCACCAAAAAGACGACCCUCCAUACCGGUCGCUGGAUGGUAGCCUACGUUGGCAUUACCCUUCCGGCCUUUUUGACGCUCUCAACGGAGCACAAGUCUCAGCAGAGGGAGCACAAGUGGCCGAACAUGCGCGACUUGUCGAAUGGCAGUGGAAUCGGCGACUGAUGGGUCCGACUCUCGAUCUUGCCGCCGUGGAAGCGCUUCAUCGAACCCCGGCGUUUUCGAGUCUGAUCAAAACCUCGUUCGUCAAUUACCAGGUGCCUUCGCUUCACGCGAAAGCAACUGAUGACGUUGAUGAGUUAGCCGCAAAGGAUGAAGCCUUCAUUCAAGGCAUGGCCAACGCAAUCAAUGCUCUGCCACACCUCAGGCAUCUCGCCAUCGAGUCGUCCACUGCGGCUAACGACCAGUUAUUACCGCUCCUUCCCAAGUGUCUCGAGACACUAGAGCUUAUCAAUUGCUGGGACAUUAAUGGCGACGAUUUCGCACAUUAUCUCCUAUUAAGCGGGCACCAGCUGAAGCGCCUCAUACUGCACCACAACCAGUCGUUGAGCCUAUCUUUCCUCCCAGUUCUAGGAGCUGCCUGCCCAAACCUGCAGGUCUUUUCCAUGGACUUCAAAACUUUCAACCAUCAUGAGUUCUACCAUGAUGCGGACCCGAGCUACGACGAUCUGCUCACCCCAGACCAGGUCCCGGCGUGGCCCGAGGCCUUGGAGACCCUCCAACUCCUGAACAUGAAAAAGUGGACCGCAGAUGCAGCCGAGACGCUGUUUCAGUCCCUCACGGACAGUGCCUCGAAACUGUUAAAGCUCCGCCGCCUGGAACUAAAAGCUAUGCUGAGCAUCCCUAUCUUGGAGCGCUCAAGGCUUCGUAACAAGUGGGAGCGCAAGCUGCGACACAUUUUCCUACGUGAGAACCAGGACCCCAUGCCGGUGUUCUCUUUGCGAGAACCGGCCCAACAGCCCAGCAUCGAGGAGGUCAAGCGGGCCUCAAAAAGGCCAGCCAAGGUUACUAGUGCUCUGGCCGCUGAAAACCCUUCGCGCCGGAGUGGCCGGCUGUCGAUAAAACGGUCGAACCCGCCAUCCCGCGCCAGUAGUUCCGGCGCUGGACGGGGUCUCAGGCACGCGCUUGCCCGGCCGUCGUAUGCCGAGCCCGAUACAGAUGAGGACGAGGAUGAGGACGAGCACGAUGAAGCAGAGGGAGGACAGGCGGUGGGCGGGUCUAGCCCGGAUAGCCAACCUGAAUCUCCGGCAUCGUCGGCGGGGACCGCCGAAACCGCCUUCCGCCAGGGCAUGUGCGAGAAGGUGGAGAUCCAGCUGGAUAACCAGAAGUCGGUCGAGACCACGCUCACCAUGGACGAUUUUCUGGAUAGUGAGAACGAUGAUCUGUCGGAUGACGACUGGGUUGGCCAGGACGAGGAUGAGGAUACUGGGUAUGCUUGGUAGAAGGAAGGGUGUUUCUCCCAUUUCUGUUCCCCUUAUAUAGUCGUUGUAUUUUCUCUCAUGGCUGGUGGUGCAUUAACAUGGGCAACUGUUGCUACUUGCAUGUCUGGGUUGGGCUGGGAAAUGGAUCGCAAACCCGUCCUGAUGGCGACGGGUGGCCUUGCUUCGAUUUGCUUGCACUUGCUUCUUAUACGGGACCAGGGCCCGAUCUGGGGGGUAUGGGUUACUAGGGUACUUGACACAGAAUCGUAAUCUUGUGUACCACGCAUGCCCAAUAAGGCGCGAAACAUUUCAAGCUUCC